ACGACGACGACGACGACUACGUUGUUCUUGACUAUAUGUAUAACUUAUGUGCGAGUACUCGGUUGGCGGUGGUAAUACACGAGGAGCGGCGGUGCAAAGUGGCGAGGCAAGCGGGUGCCGCUGUUAGUGCCGCUGGCGCGUCAGUCCGCGUCUAAAAGCGGUCGAGGCGAAGACGCGCGCGCCACUCGCUCGCGAAUAACCGGCCCGAGCCAUCACGAGCCCGAGCGGCCAGAGGCUACAUGCUGUGGAGGAGCAGCGCCGACGACGGACGCAGGAGGCGCGAGGACAAGCGGAAGAAGCAGCAACCGCUCUGUUAUCCGGCGACGGGCCACAAUCGGUGGGCCUUAAUUGUGAUAACGAGGACCAUCGGAUCGUUGCCAUGCAGCAGCAGAGGCAGUCCGAGGCCAACGAGAUGGCCGAUUUACAGUCAAACAGGCUGCACCAGCAGCUACAGGGUGUUGCCGGCAAGCCCCCGUUGCUCACGACCGGCAGCGCGGCCCAACCCCUGCGCCCGGCCGCCCCUGUCACGUCACCCCCAUCGAGGUCCAAGCAGGAGGGCCGCAAACUCUUCCAAUGCCUGGCCACUCUCAUCGCCGGCUCGAUAAUGGCCCAGAGCGGCAUGACCCUGGGCUGGACGUCGCCCAUGUUGCCGAAGCUCGCCCAAAACGACUCGUUCAUCCCGGAGCUGGACGAGGAGGGCGCCGAGGCUUCCUGGAUCACGGCCCUCAUGCCCCUGGGGGCCAUCCUCGGGGCGGUGCCGUCGGGCAAGGCCGCCGACCGGAUAGGCCGGAAACUGGCGAUCGGCAUCACCUCGAUACCGUUCCUCGUCUGCUGGGUCCUCAUGCUCAUCGCGCCCCUGGGCUCGAGCAUCCCCGUGCUCUACACGGCCCGGUUCAUCGGGGGCAUCGGGGCCGGGGCGGCUUGCGUCCUCGUGCCCGUGUACAUAGGCGAGGUGGCCGAGCCCUCGAUCCGGGGCACCCUUGGCACCUUCUUCCCCAUCUUCUUCUCCCUGGGCAUAGUGUUCUCGUACGUGGCCGGCUCCUACCUCACCUACAUCAUGUUCAACGGGCUCUGUUGCCUCAUGCUCGUCCCAUUUCUCGUCUCCGUGGUGAUAUUCCUCCCCGAGUCGCCGAGUUGGCUGGUGCAGCACGGACGUAAGGCCGACGCCUGCCGGGUCCUGCGCUCGCUGCGCGGGCCCUACUACGACGUCAGCCAGGAGAUAGCCGAGCUACUCGAGGAGUCGGAGCAGCUGCAGAUCAAGGAGGGCGGGCUGCGCGACUUGCUCGGCACCAAGGCCGGCCGCAAGGCCAUCGGCACGUGCAUCGGCCUCAUGUGGUUCCAACAGAUGUGCGGCAUCGACGCCGUUCUCUUCUACACCGUGCAGAUAUUCAAGGACGCGGGCAGCUCGAUCGACCCCAACCUCGCCACCAUCAUCAUCGGCCUCAUAGAGGUCAUCAUGGGCAUCGUCGUCGCCGUGACCAUAGACAGGUUCGGGAGGAAGCCGCUGCUCGUGUUUUCGGGGUCGGCGAUGACCGUGUGCCUCGGGAUAUUCGGGUAUUAUUACAAGAUGAAGGAGGACGGGCAGGACGUGAGCUGGCUCAGUUGGUUGCCCCUAGCGUGCAUCGGGAUGUUCAACGUGGUGUUCUCGUUGGGGUACGGCUCGGUGCCGUACUCGAUAAUAAGCGAGCUCUUUCCACCCGAGACCAAGGGCAUUGCCGGCAGCAUAUCCAUCAUGACCAAUUGGUUCCUCGUGUUCGUCGUAACCCGCACCUUUCACAUACUCACGCAUUAUCUUCGCCAAUCGGUCACCUUUUGGCUGUUUUCCUCGGUUUGCGCCAUGUCGGCCCUAUUCGCCCUCGUCUACGUGCCCGAGACCAAAGGCAAGACCCUCCACGAGAUCCAGACCAAGCUCGCCCGGCGCAAGAAACGACCCGGACACCGGCAACCGUCAUCCGAGCUCGAGCCCAAGCCCGUCCCCAUAGCGCCGGCUUGACGGGACCAACUCUCCUCCUGACUCUUAUUACUUUCCUCUUGUUACUAUGAUUAUUAUCAUUAUUAAUACUAUUGUUAUUAUUAUCAUCAUUAUUAUUAUAACUAUAUAAUUUUAAAGCAUCGUCUCUCGAAAUACCGGACGAUCCUCCUCGCGCGUUCGAC